UCUCGAUUGGAGCAGGAAGAACAAGUAGAAUUGUUCUUUCCCGUUUGUUCUACACAUUGCAUUGUUUAGUGAGUGACACAAGUGAUUGGUGGUAGUGCGAGAACUGAGUUGCUUUCGAGGUUACCUAUUGGAAUUGAUUGUGUUCAUAUGGACUUUUAAAAACGGUUAAUGGUAGUGCACAGAUAAGUUCGUUCUUCUUCAAGACAAACCGGUAACUGCACGUUAGUGCUUUGAACACCAAACGAUGCAGCGCGCUGCCAAACGGAUGAAAUUUUUCAAGCUCUGCUGCUGUCUACUGCUGCUAGCCGUUGCAAUAUCGGUAAAUGCAAAGCCAGAGGCACCACUCAAUUCAUAUCUACCACCGUCCCAUGGUGGUCACGGCAAUGGAAACGGCUAUCACGAUGACCACCAUCAGCACCACAACGGGGGCGGUGAUCAUCACCAACACGGAGAUCAUGGCCACACAGAUUUAGUGCCUCCCUCGUCUAGUUAUGGUACACCGGACAGCAGUUAUGGACCACCCAACCAUCAAUCGGGCUUCCACCCGGAUCAUCACGAGGACCAUAGCCGUCAGGAUUCAUCUGAGGAGGAACCAGCAAAGUACGAAUUCACCUAUGAAGUUGAUGAUGAGGAUCGGGAUUUAUCGUUUGGCCAUGAAGAAAUGAGAGAUGGCGAUUAUACCACCGGCAAAUAUAAUGUCCUUCUUCCGGAUGGUAGACGUCAGAUUGUUGAGUACGAAGCAGAUUUGAAGGGGUAUCGACCAAAAAUCAGCUAUGAAGGUGGAGACGAACAUCCGCACCACCACGAGCAUCCGAAUCAUGAUCAUGCAGGUUAUCCCCAUGAAACACCCCACAAUCAGCUAGGAUACCCGAAGGAAACCCCUCAUCAUGAUUUCCAUCACGAUGACGGAGGCAACGGUCACAGUCGGGCAGAUCACGGCGGUCACGAUGGUCAUCAUGGCUACGAUAGCAACGCUCAUGAGCAUCACGGUGGAAACGGGAAUGGUUACUCACAUGGAAAUGGUCAUCACCACCGGCGACAUUCGGAAGAUGGUCAUAGUAAUCACGGUGGCCAUAAGCGUAAUAGCGGAGGAAACGGUGAGAAUGGUGCUCAUCGCGGAGCAAAAGGCAAUCGGCACAAUGCCUUUCAUUAGAUUCACACGGUUAUUUGCUCGGAAAUGAAAAUAAGACAGAGGCUCUAUACAAAUGGUGCAAGCUUGAAAAGAAGCAUUUAAUUAAUCCUAACGUAGUACAAAUUAGUGAGUUCUAUUUAUUAGCAUCAUUGCUAAAAGCAAGUAUUUCAAUCAGCUCAAUCACAAAGUGAGUUGGAAAGCGUAGCAAGUAGUAUUUGCAUUUAUAUGAUUUAAUUCGAAGCCAAGUAGAUAGUAAAAUACAUUAAGCGAACUAAGGAGAUACCAAUAAAUAUGUUAUCAGCAAACGGCCAUCGAAUAAAGCAACCAGUUACAAUGAAGACUGGGUUCGAUGGUUGACAAAAAUAC